UGCCCUUCCUGUGGGGCCUGCUGGUAAUUGGUUCUCUGGGACCCAUGGGGCCAGGGGGGCCAGCUGGGGCCGGAAGUGCUGCACAAUGCUGCCCAUUCAGGGGGCCUGCCACUGCUCUCAGGUCCCGGUGACUACAUGGAAAGCCGGGGAACAGUCUGUUCUGAGAGGAUGUGUGCUGACUCCGGGCCCCCUCCCGAGACUAUCAGCAUCAAUAAGGCCAUUAAUGCGCAGGAAGUCGCUGUCAAGGAAAAACAUGCCAGAACUUGCAUCCUGGGCACCCACCAUGAAAAAGGUGCUCACACCUUCUGGUCUGUGGUCAACCGGUUGCCCCUGUCCAGCAACGCCAUGCUCUGCUGGAAGUUCUGCCACGUGUUCCACAAGCUCCUCCGAGAUGGGCACCCGAACGUCUUGAAGGACUCUCUGAGAUACAAGAAUGAGUUGAGUGACAUGAGCAGGAUGUGGGGCCACCUGAGCGAGGGCUACGGGCAGCUGUGCAGCAUUUACCUGAAACUGCUGAAGACCAAGAUGGAGUUCCACACCAAGAACCCGCGGUUUCCAGGCAACCUGCAGAUGAACGAUCGCCAGCUGGACGAGGCCGGCGAGAGCGACGUGAACAACUUUUUCCAGCUCACGGUGGAGAUGUUCGACUACCUGGAAUGUGAAUUGAGCCUCUUUCAGACCGUGUUCAGCUCCCUGGAUAUGUCACGCUCCGUGUCGGUGACGGCGGCGGGGCAGUGCCGCCUGGCCCCCCUUAUCCAGGUCAUUCUGGACUGCAGCCACCUGUACGACUACACCGUCAAGCUCCUCUUCAAGCUCCACUCAUGUCUCCCCGCCGACACCCUACAGGGCCACCGAGACCGCUUCAUGGAGCAGUUCACAAAGUUGAGGGACCUGUUCCACCGCUCCAGCAACCUGCAGUACUUCAAGCGGCUCAUUCAGAUCCCGCAGCUGCCUGAGAACCCCCCGAACUUCCUGCGAGCCUCAGCUCUGUCGGAGCACAUCAGCCCAGUGGUGGUGAUCCCCGCUGAGGCCUCAUCCCCUGACAGUGAGCCAGCGCUGGACAAGGGGCACCUGGUGGACGUGGAUACCACCCGGCAGACCUUGUUUGACGACAAGUUUGAUGGCAUCUUUGGCAGUUCGCUGAGCAGUGAUCCCUUCAACUUCGACAGUCAGAACGGCGUGAGCAAGGAUGGGAAGGACCACCUGAUCGAGCAGCUGUACAGAGAGAUCCGUGGGCUCACGACACAGCUGGAGAAGGUGAAGGCAGAGGGCCAGCGGGCCACGCUGCAGCUGAAGGGCCGUGUGAGCGAGCUAGAGGCUGAGCUGGCUGAGCAGAAGCACCUGGGGCGGCAGGCGGCCGAUGACUGUGAAUUCCUGCGUGCAGAGCUGGACGAGCUCAAGAAGCAGCGGGAGGACACGGAGAAGGCACAGCGGAGCCUGACAGAGAUCGAGAGGAAGGCACAGGCCAACGAACAGCGCUACAGCAAACUCAAGGAGAAAUACAGCGAGCUGGUGCAGAACCAUGCCGACCUGCUGCGGAAGAACGCCGAGGUGACCAAGCAGGUGUCAGUAGCCAGGCAAGCACAGGCGGAGCUGGAGCGAGAGAAGAGCGAGCUGGAGGGCGCGCUCCAGCACGUGAGCGAGCAGGCCCAGCGCAAGACUCAAGAACAACAGGAAGUUCUAGAAAGCUUGAAACAAGAACUUGUCAGCAGCAGACAGGAGGUGCAGGUCCUCCACAGCAGCCUGGAAACAUCUGCCCAGUCAGAGGCAAAGUGGGCAACGCAGAUCACGGUGUUGGAAGAGGAGCACGGCGGCUUGGUGAGGGCCGCGGCCCAGCGGGAGGAGGAAAUGACAGCCCUGCAGGAACAGUUGGAAGACACCCAGGCCAAACUGGUUGUUUCCCAGGAAUCUCUGUGCCAGCUCGUGAAGGACCAGCGCAAGGUGCUCCUGGCAGGCUCCAGGAAGGCUGCAGAGCAGGUGGUCCAGGAGUCCCUGGGCCAGCUGGAUGAGCCCACUCUCAUCAGCUAUGUGGGGUCUGCAGAUCACCUUCUCUCCAAGGUCAAGUGUGUUUCUAGCUGUCUUGACCAACUAGAAAAGAACCGGAGCCAGUGCCUGGCCUGCCCAGAAGACCUCAGCGGGCUCCUGCACUCCAUCACCCUCCUUGCCCACCUCACCAGUGACAUCAUUGUGCAUGGGAGUGCCACCAGCCUCCGUGCCCCUCCGGAGCCCGCCGAAUCUCUGAGCGAAGCCUGUAAACAGUGCGGCAGGGAGACGCUGGCCUUCCUCGCCUUCCUGGAGGAAGAGGGAGCCCUGGAGAAGGCGGACAGCUCAACCAUGAGGAGCUGCCUCAGCAAGAUCCAGGCGAUUGGCGAGGAGCUGCUGCCCAGGGGCCUAGAAAUCAGACAGGAGGAGCUGGGGGACCUGGUAGACAAGGAGAUGGCCGCCACUUCAGCUGCCAUUGAAGCCGCCACAACCCGCAUCGAGGAAAUGCUCAGCAAAUCCCGAGCUGGAGACACAGGUGUCAAGCUGGAGGUGAACGAAAGGAUCCUUGGGUCCUGUACCGGCCUGAUGCAAGCCAUCCAGGCCCUGGUGGCAGCCUCCAAGGACCUCCAGAGGGAGAUCGUGGACAGUGGCAGGGGUACCGCCUCCCCUAAAGAAUUUUAUGCCAAGAAUUCUCGGUGGACAGAAGGACUCAUCUCAGCUUCCAAAGCUGUGGGCUGGGGAGCCACUGUCAUGGUGGAUGCUGCUGACCUGGUGGUCCAAGGCAGAGGAAAGUUUGAGGAGUUGAUGGUGUGUUCUCAUGAGAUCGCUGCUAGCACUGCCCAACUCGUGGCUGCAUCCAAGGUGAAAGCAGACAAGGAUAGCCCCAAUCUGACCCGGCUACAGCAGGCCUCCAGGGGCGUGAACCAGGCUACGGCGGGGGUGGUGGCCUCCACCAUUUCUGGCAAAUCGCAGAUUGAGGAAUCAGACAGUAUGGACUUCUCCAGCAUGACACUGACACAGAUCAAGCGCCAGGAGAUGGAUUCCCAGGUUAGGGUGCUGGAGCUGGAAAACGAACUACAGAAGGAGCGUCAGAAACUAGGAGACCUGCGGAAAAAGCACUAUGAGCUUGCUGGUGUGGCAGAGGGCUGGGAAGAAGGAACAGAGGCACCCACAUCCACACUGCAAGAGGCAGUCCCUGAGAAGGAAUAGAGCCAAGCCAGUGCCCACGCGCCAGUGUAAAUCCUCAACACCCACCCGUGUGCGUGCCACUCCCGCCACAGACCAGCCUCUCCACUGGGGACCUGCGUGGCCCUUUGAAGGCUCCAUCCUCGGUGCUGCCCCUGCGUGCACACACAAUCCAGGAUAUUUUUCUGCACCCUUGGGGUCCAGGCCUACCUAGCACCCAUUUGCACAAAAGCCGCUGAGCUGGAGGGCUUUUUUCUUCUUCCUUCAGUCUCUUCUGUGUUCAUCACUUACACAAUGUCAAGUCUCUGAGGGCCAGAGGUGGACAUGCUGGCACUGCUAGAGUUCAUCCAUCUGGGCGGCUGAGUGCAGGGUCCCGGCAGAGCCCUCGCUGUGCCUCAGAUCCAUGUGGCUUCCUCCAGGGCUCCUUUGCGCUCUGGCUUUCUGUUUUCCACGUUUCACUCACACAGCCAACUCUCCCACAGGCCUGUCCCAGGGCUCUGAGCCUUCGGGGGCCCCACCAUGGUGCCACUCAGGCUUUGCCUUGGUGCUCCAGCUCCGCCUGCUCGCUGGGUGCCUCCAGGUGCGCCAGGGCCACCCCAGGGUGGGUGACAGCUUCCUCUAAGGCCCAAGCAGAGCGAGUGCCUUCUCUUCCUCAUGCUGGAUGCCAGCCCAACACCUCUGCACCCUUACAAUCUAUGGGGCACCUGAGCACCACCCCCAGGACACCUGCAACAUACCCUAUGCCCCCCAUCGCGUGCUUCAACGGAGCUUGAGGCACCUGGCCAUGACCUGCCAGAGCCAGCAGUGAUGGAGGCCAGUCGCUUCCACCACCUGCCCACAAUGGUGACAUCACGAACCUGCAGAAGACAGUUCCAUGUGCUCUUAAUCCUCCCGCCCAUCCGGAAGAGCUCCAGGCCCGAGGGAACCCUUCCUACUACCAGUCCUGAAAGCAGGGAUGCUGGGGCAGCAGGGUGCCUGGUGUGCACUGUGUCCUUUGCCAUCUUCACAGCUCACAAAGGACACUCUCCCAUGCUUGGAUCCCAAAGCUGGCAGGUUCCUCAGCAUGUGGCGGACUGUGGUUGGGGGGUCCCCAGGCCAGGACCUCCACCCACAUGUCCCCAGCUCUUGCUGCACUGCAGACAGGAGGAGGACAGAGGGCACAGCCUCCUAAAGACAGCACUUUCCCCUCCCAAGUGACCCCAUGUUAAGUGACCUUCCAAUCCUGACAACACAGUGUCUUCCUUACUCACCAGUAGGAGCCCAUGAGCAGUUCCUGGGCCUUGUCCCUGCAGGACGUAAUCACGCAGCUGGAUUGCUACUCUGUUUGAUCACUGUGAAUCACCCCUCUGCCCCGACUGCCCACACUCCACUGUCCAGGAACAUGGACAGUCAAGACGUGUGACCACGCCAGGCUGAGGAAGUGUUGCUGUAGACACAGGCUAGCUGCAGUGGAGGUGUCCCUGCUCACUCUUGUGCCAGUGGGGCCCCCCCAAAGGGGCUACCCCAGCCACCCCUCACCUCAAGAAUCUGCUCCUCAGUUAAAUUGGGACAGAUUGGAUCCUCAAAACUCACUAGAAAAGUGUCACAGCAGGGCUGGAGGCAUGGCUCAAGGGGUAGAGCGCCUGCCUAGCAAGCACAAAGCCCUGAGUUCAAACAGUAAACCCUCAUGAGCUCAUCCUGCGUGAUAGAACAGUAGAAUCGAGGCCUAAGUCAGUGUCACCUGAGUGUCCCUACUUAUCAUGGGGUGUCACUCUUGUUAGGGCUCAGAUUAGAAACGAUGCCAUUCUCAAGCCUAAAGCAAUUUGCCCUACCUUGGCACUUCUAAAGACAAGUACAUUAGAGUGGAUGUGAAAUGCCUGUAAUAAAAACAGAGUCACACUUGGAGGCUGAGAGUGACCCUCAUGGUCUUUUGAAGUGUCACUGGGCCUGCUAACACUCAAGUCCCAUGGGUCAAUGUAGACACCAAAGGAUGGCAGUCCAGGACUGAGUUCCAACGUGGGAAUUUUCUAACAGCUUUUCAGGGUCACUUUAUAUCUAAGCGGAGUUUCAGUUUGACUCAGAUAGUUUGCUGGCUCUGCUGUCCUCAGUGCUGUUCUUAGGGCCCCACCUGAUAUGAACCUAACCCCACUAGGACAUGUCCUGCCAUGGCUUCUUAAGCUAGCAAGUCAGACACCGAUGUGGCACCAUGGAACACACAUCCAAGGGCAUGUCCCCUGGUCAGGUUGCUGUGCUUUCACCACUGGCUCCUGAGGAGUCAGUUCUCUGCUUGUGCCUGGAACAGUCUCACCUCUGCCCUGCUCCUUAGUGGGGACAGACCUAAAUACCAUUACCUAAGCUGGGUUGGUAGCUCAUUCCUGUAAUGCUAGCUACUUAGAAGGCAAAUGUCU